GCGUUGGAUCUACGACUCAUCCAUUAAACUUGACUUAAAAUACAAGUACUGCAGUACAUUGAUAUCGUCUUAAGUCCGAAUACGUGCGCGCAGGCCGCCGAGUAUACAGCGGCCAUCUUUUUUUUUCGAAUUUAGAAUUUGUUUUUUUUUUAUUACAAUGUUGAAUUUAGAUUCAGCCAUUCUUAGUACCGGGUUUAUGAAAGAGAGUAAAACCUUGUUGCGUGUGAGAUUGUGGUUCUAUGCGUUAUCUUAUGUGCAUUUAGUGGCAGUGGCAGGAUUAUUGCUUACCAUCGAUUUUGCUGCACACGAUGAUCCGGAUAUACAAAUGUACCAAAAGAUCAGGUUUAAAUUGAUCACUGCGUGGUUUAAUCUGUUCACAUUGGUGUACUUCCCAAUAUGUUUCUACUGUGAUUGGAGGGAACUAAGAGGAGAGCAUGGACGCAAUCACGUGAAACUUCUCAAUCAAGUUAGAUGCCUGUGCUUCACAAGCAUCCUACUGCCGACCACUGCAUUUGGCGACAUACUGUUCUGGCGAGUAUGGAAUACUCAUCGAGAGCUGAUAGCACCGCCGAGCAUUCACAAAGUGGUACCCUUCUGGUCACAGCACUGCAUGCACACAGUAUCCCUUAUUGUGGUGCUCGCAGACCUCGUGCUGGUGAAGCGAGAGCGGCCCAAGAGUAAUGUGCUGAAUAUCGGAGUACUAUCAUGUUUCCUCAUCGCUUAUACUGUUGUGUGCGUACAAAGCGUGAUGAGAGGCGAAUACAUAUACCCAGGUCUGAAGCUAUUCACAGGAAUCAAGUUUCCCAUACUAGUCAUAUACGUUUUCCUAGAAAACUUCUUUUACUAUACAAGCCAAUGGUUAAUAGUGGAUAUGGUAUGGGGCCAAGGGAACUUGAAGAAAGUGGUUUAAUAAAUUAUAACAAAAUAGUUUUUAGGAAUAAAGUGUUAAUUAGGUAAAGAAUAUAUUAGUACUAUGUAUAAUUUUAAGGGAAAUAGAUGUACAUAAUAUAUUAUGUAGAACUGAGAUAAGUACCUACGAGAAUGUCUUAAGUAGCUGGUGAAACAAAUCAAUAGGGUAGACAACUAAUUUCCAUUUUGAUAUCCGUCUUGUAGAUUAUUUUAAAACAUUAGACACGUAUUUCUUAUUUUUCUUACGGAAACAAAUACUUUUGAAGAUAUAUUGAUUUAUAAUAUUACAUGACGUCACUUCUAGAUACGUUUUAUAGGUAAAAAUUACGUAUUUGUUCCUACUCCUAAACUUUGAUUCGUUUUAAAUAUUGUUAUUUUAUAUGGCAAAAUAAAAAAUAUGUGUCUAAUAAUUUUGCAUUAGGUACCUAACUAACGGACUAAAUAUAUUUUUAAUUUUCAUAUUUCGUCAUCAUCCCUAUCGUUUAUAAUUAAUAAUUUAGGAACAAAAUUGAAUCCUAAAGUGAAUUAAUCAUUGUAUGAUCAGUAGAAUAGACAUAUCUAAUAUUGUUCAAAAAUAAGUUUAAAAUAAAAUAAAGCAAUACGGCAAUACCCAGUGGUGUAGCUAACAAUAGUCGUUAUAUACAUAGGUACCAUUAUAAUAAUUUGUUGGAGCAUAUGAAUUAAUGAAUGCACGUAAAUAGGUAUUUAUUUAAAUAUAAGUAAACCAAAACUUUAUGUAAAUGAGAGAGUAUACGAGUACAUUGACUUUAA